AAUUAAAUCCCAAGUAGAAUAAAGGAAUCGAGAAAAAAAGCAAGCGAAUGCAAAGGGUUAAGAUCUUCUCCAGCAGUGUUUUCCUGCCAUCAGUAUUAGUUUCCUAGGGCCGCUGCAAACCUGGUGGCUUAAAACAACAGAAAUGUAUUCUCUCACAAUUGUGGAGGCCCAGAGUCUGAAAUCAGGGAGCCAACGGGGCACACCCUCUUUGAUGGCUCUAGCAGGGAAUCUUCCUUGCUCCUCCUGGCUCCUGAUUCCUCCAUGUGUUUCUUGGCUUGUGGCAGCAUAACUCCAGUCUCUGCCUCCAUCUUCAUGUGACCUCUCUCUGUGUCUUUCCAUGCAUCUCUUAUAAGGACACUUAUUAUUGGAUUUAAGGACCACCUGGAUAAUUUGGAAUGGUCUCAUCUUGAGAUUCUUAACUUAUUUAAAUAUGCAAAGACCGUUUUUUCCAAAUAAGAUCACAUUCACAAGUUUUGGCAUGAGGACAGGGGCAUGUUUUCUUGGGGGCGACUAUUUAACCCUUGACACCACUUCAACCAGCAGUUGUAGUUUAUUUCUUUGACCUCUUGACAUUAUUGGCAUGCUUGUACGACUCAUUUGGACCACAUCAUCUCUAGCCUUACUAUUAUUGAACAAUUUUUACUUCUUUUGCCAGAUUAUGACCCCUUAUCUUAGCCCAUUUAUUUGUGCUACUAUUACAAAAUACUUAAGGUAGGUAGUUUAUAAACAAUAGAAAUUUUUCUUUUCAUUCAUUCACUAAUUCAUUUAGAGAUGGGGUCUUGCUAUAUAGCCCAGGCUGGAGUGCAGUGGCUAUUCACAGGCAUGAUCUUAGAGUUCUAUAGCCCCAAAAUGGGCUCAAGCAAUCCUCCUGCCUCAGCCUCCAGAGUAGCUGGGACUACAGGUGUGCUCCACUGCACCCAGCUGUAAAACAUAGGAAUUUAUUGCCCACCAUUCUGGAGGCUGAGUUCAAGAUCAUGGUGCUGUAAGCUUUAGUAUCUGGUGAGGACUCGCUCUCUGCCUCAUAGUUGGUGCCUUUUUCUUGCAUCCUCACAUAGUGGAAGGGGCAAGGGAUCUCCCUGAAGCCUCUUUUAUAAAGGUGUUAAUCCCGUUUGGGAUGGAGCCCUUAUGACUUAAUCCCUUUCUAAAGGUUUUGCUUCUUAAUAGUAUUGCUUUGAGUUCCAACAUAUAAAUUUUUGGGGGUGACACUAACACUCAGACCAUAGCAGCCCUGAGAUGAUGAUGGCUUCUUUUGCUCUGUAACUUUUCAGCUACUAGCAGCAGCCUGCUUAGCCAUGUGGUGCUUAAGAAAUGUUUAUCAGGUGAUCAACAUUUUUUGUGAAUAAAAUGAAAGAUGGCAAGUAAAUAUCCUGGCAUGGUGAUUACUGGGAGAGUAUUUUGAAAUAUAGCAUGUGAUUUUUCUCACUGCCAGUUUUUUGUGUUUUUGUUAAUUUUUGGUGUUCUACUUUUUGGGAGGAGUAACUAACUGCUUUUUAUUUCUCUAGAACUGUAAGUGAGUCGUUGGGAGGGAGCAGAGCUGAUGUUGGGACUAGCCAAGCUGAGUGGGUUUGGAGGUCAGCCAGAUAAAGCUUGGAGGCCUGUUGGCAGGUCUGUCCCUGUUACUUGGGCAUUUGUCUUACCUGGUAUUUUGGAAGUCUUUAUCUUCCCGGGAAUCCUUUGUAGUUGCGUUUACAAACUUAGAAGACACUCUUGCAGGCACCUGCACCAGCAGCAGUGGAGGACUAUGGUGAGGGCAGCCUCCAAUCUUGCUUUCUUUCCAUAAGGAGAUGGUUUCACAGUAGAUCUGCAUGACAAGGUCUCCUUGGCCUGCCCUGUAAGCACAGCUGGUCUCUGAGGCUUACCAAUGAGCACAGGUCUUAGGCUGUUUUCCCAAUUAUUCUCUUUUCUUUCUUUGGCUUAAUUUCAAGGUUAUCUGCUAAUGUCCCCUUUUUUCUUUUUCUUUUGUCUCAGUCUUACUUUGAAUAGAUGCUGGCAGUCUAACCCUAUCAAAGUUUAAGUGAUUUUUUUUGUACUAAGCAUUUGAAGGUAACUGAUUUUCAGCCUUUUUGGUAUUUUUAAGCAGGUAUUCAAUGAUUACCUUCAUUUGGAGUUUUACUGUAUCCAUGGUUCGUGAUGUAAGUGCUCAAGUCUGUGAAAUGUACGUAAUCGUUACUUUCAGCGAGAGUGUUCUAUAGAAAGGUUGACCCAUAAGGUGCAGGUUAAUCCUCUCCCUUGGUAUAGUGGGAGAAAGGAGAGGCUGGAAAGGAAUGCAUAGACUAUAGCAUUAUGGGUAAGAAUGGCUUCUGGUGUCAGACACGUGUGGGUUUGAAUCUCAUUCCUCCACUUCCCAGCUUUGUGACAUUAGGGAACUUAAUUCACCUCUCUGAGCUUUAGUUUUAUUAUCUGUAAAAUAAAGAUGAUAAUUGCUAUUGUAUCAUUAUGUGUGUUGCCAGGAUUAAGUGUGGUAAUAUGCAUGCAGAUCUCUUUCAUGAUAGUGUUUGGUACUGUGGAAGUGUUCAAAAAAUUGUGACUGCUAUUAUCAUUUAUUUUUCAGGGAAAACCGAGGCACUAGUGAUAAUUAUGAAAUGUUUCCAAGUCGCCCCACAGGAAGAGUCUAACUUGUGGGAUUUAGAAAACAGACCAUUAAUGUGUUGAGUAAUGCAAUAUUGAAUAAGUCAGUUAUUAAAAUCUGGCUCUGUGGUGUUUAUUUGGUUAGUUUGGAGAAAGAUAGACAAAUGACAAGAAUAAAGGCACUUAAUGACUUUCUUACUGAUUUAAAGCAUUUAUCAUGCUAGAUGUAUAAAACUACACUUCCUCUUAGUUUAAAGUCUCUACCUCCAAGCUCAAUGGGAGGAUAGAAUUUAGAGUAUGGUUUAAUUAUUAGUGUUAACUUCGUAUUUUUAGGAAUAAUUUUAUGACUGAGAGAUUUGUUCCAGAUCACGUGUCUUUUAUAAUAGAGAUGUGAUUAAAUACAUUGUUCUUUGUAUUAGGAAACCAUGAAUUUCUACACUGCUUCUCUGAUUUUCUGAUCAAAGAAAAAAAAAUCAUAGUAGAUGAUUCUUAGAACAGUCCCCUCCCCAGAGUUAUAUUUUAGAUUAAAAUUACUUUGCUUAAGCCUCUCUGUGUAUUACAUCAUUUCUGAGCUUUUCAGAGGGGGAAAAAGAGGAGUAGGGGCAUAAAGUGUUAGAAAUUGAGUAAAUUGCAUCAUAAUCUGACCUUGAACAUUGAUAUUGUGACUGGAUGUUGAAGACUUUACCAAAGUUCAUUGGUUCAUGAGUUGAAGAAUUCCUUAUGUAGGGGCAUGUGUUCUUACAUGGAAGAAAUCUUCUCAGAUUUGGGGUCUUAGAGCAGGAGAUACAAGGUUAGAUGUAUGAAAGAACUUCCCAUGUGGAGUCUUCUGCCCAAAUGUAAACUCUAUGAAGGGAAGAACUUGGCCCCUUUGCUUUGUACCUCCCAUGCUCAAAUCAGUGCCUGGCUCACUGUUGGUGCUCACUGGUCCAGGGCAUGGAUGAUUAUGGGGAGGAAAGGCAGUGAACUUGUUGGGGUUCAGGACACCGUCUGUACUCUGUGCAGUUUAUUUCAGGCUUGGCCUUUGCUAAGGGUCAGAAAGUUGGUUGGAAUAGAGAUCCAUCCACAUGUUGGAACUACAGCUGUAUUUGAGCACUUUGCCAGGUGCAAGAGAUGAGAUGGUACAAAGUCCUUCUGCAGUGUAUUUUUCAGUAUUGAAUUGUUGGGGGUUCUAUCUUUUUAACAGUGGUUUUAACAAGGGAUAUUUCCCUAGAAUGGUUCCUCGUGAGGUAGUAGAGUGAUCUCUGGGUUCAGGGUAUUGGGUGAUUUUUUUUUUUUUUUAAAGGGAUGGGGUCUCACUAUGUUGUCCAGGCUCACAGGCAUGCCUAAUAGCACACUGCAGCCGGCAGCCUCCAGCCUUGAACUCCCAGGCUCAAGUGAUCCUCCGGCUUUAGCCUCCUUAGUGGCUGGUUCUACAAACAUGCACCACCAUGCCUGGCUCUGGGUAGAUAUUUAGCCAUUAAGCCUAAGUAAAUCUUGACAAUUUUGGUUCAUUUUAUCGUCCCUGAGAAGAAGCUCGGUGAAUGUGGUCAUUUAAAUACGUGAUUUCCUUGUUUAGGCAGCAUUAAUGGCCUUUCUGUGCUUCUUUCUGCUCCUUCUUAAGUUGGGAGUCUGGACAGAUCCCCCUGCCCCCAUUCCUAUGCCCCCAAAUAAGGGUUUGAAAUUCCUAUGAUCUUCUUCAAGGAGAAGGGUUGAGAGUGCUUUGGUCUUCCUGUUUUCCUCCCUGCCUCCCUGUUGCAAUAUUGAGCCUGUGUGUUCUACAGUUUUUUUUUUUUUUUUUCCUCAGCACCAAAUUGAGAUCUUAUUUCUGUCUUUUUCAACUUUAACAUCUCUUCUUUUUCGUGUUUGGGGAUCAGAAGCCACAUAUGGACCAAGAGGAAAGUGGGAAACAAGGCUGGCCGGGGCAGUCGUUAUACAAUGGUAGAUGGAGUAAUGAUUCUUCCUGUGCUAGUGAUGAUUGCUUUCCCUUCCCCGAGUAUGGAAGAUGAGAAGCCCAAGGUCAACCCCAAACUUUACAUGUGUGUGUGUGAAGGCCUCUCCUGCGGUAGCGAGGAACACUGUGAAGGCCAGCAGUGCUUCUCCUCGCUGAGCAUCAACGAUGGCAUCCAGGUCUACCAGAAAGGCUGCUUCCAGGUCUAUGAACAGGGGAAGAUGACUUGUAAGACCCCACCAUCCCCUGGCCAAGCCGUGGAGUGCUGCCAAGGGGACUGGUGUAACAAGAACAUCACAGCACAGCUGCCCACUAAAGGGAAAUCCUUUCCUGGAACACAGAACUUCCACCUGGAGGUCGGCCUCAUUAUUCUCUCGGUAGUGUUUGCAGUAUGCCUUCUAGCCUGCCUACUGGGAGUUGCUCUUCGAAAAUUUAAAAGGCGCAACCAGGAACGCCUCAAUCCCCGAGACGUGGAGUACGGCACCAUCGAAGGGCUCAUCACCACCAAUGUUGGAGACAGCACUUUAGCAGAUUUAUUGGAUCAUUCGUGUACGUCAGGAAGUGGCUCUGGUCUUCCUUUUCUGGUGCAAAGAACAGUGGCUCGCCAGAUUACUCUCUUGGAGUGUGUUGGGAAAGGCAGGUAUGGUGAGGUGUGGAGAGGCAGUUGGCAAGGAGAAAAUGUUGCCGUGAAGAUCUUCUCCUCCCGGGAUGAGAAGUCAUGGUUCAGGGAAACAGAAUUGUACAACACUGUGAUGCUGAGGCAUGAAAAUAUCUUAGGUUUCAUUGCUUCAGAUAUGACAUCAAGACACUCCAGUACCCAGUUGUGGUUAAUUACACACUAUCAUGAAAUGGGAUCGUUGUACGACUAUCUUCAGCUUACUACUCUGGAUACAGUUAGCUGCCUUCGAAUAGUGCUGUCCAUAGCUAGUGGUCUUGCACAUUUGCACAUAGAGAUAUUUGGGACCCAAGGGAAACCAGCCAUUGCCCAUCGAGAUUUAAAGAGCAAAAAUAUCCUGGUUAAGAAGAAUGGACAGUGCUGCAUAGCAGAUUUGGGCCUGGCAGUCAUGCAUUCCCAGAGCACCAACCAACUUGACGUGGGCAACAACCCCCGUGUGGGCACCAAGCGCUACAUGGCCCCUGAAGUUCUAGAUGAAACCAUCCAGGUGGAUUGUUUUGAUUCUUACAAGAGGGUCGAUAUUUGGGCCUUCGGACUUGUUUUGUGGGAAGUGGCCAGGCGGAUGGUGAGCAAUGGUAUAGUGGAGGAUUAUAAGCCACCAUUCUACGAUGUGGUUCCCAAUGACCCAAGUUUUGAAGAUAUGAGGAAAGUAGUCUGUGUGGAUCAACAGAGGCCAAACAUACCCAACAGAUGGUUCUCAGACCCGACAUUAACCUCUCUGGCCAAGCUGAUGAAAGAAUGCUGGUAUCAGAAUCCAUCUGCAAGACUCACAGCUCUGCGUAUCAAAAAGACUUUGACCAAAAUUGAUAAUUCCCUAGACAAAUUGAAAACUGACUGUUGACAUUUUCACGGUGUCAAGAAGGAAGAUUUGAUGUUGUUGUUGUCCAGCUGGGACCUAACGCUGGCCUGGUUGUCAGAACAGAAUCCAUCUGUCUCCCUCCCCAAGUGGCUGCUUCACUACGGCAGACAUCUUACCCAGCCGUGUGUUGGGGAGACACCAAAACCACCCUAACCUCGCUCAAUGACUGUGAACCGGGCAUUUCACGAACUGUUCACACUGCAGAAACUAAUGUUGGACAGACACUGUUGCAAAGGUAGGGAACUGGAGGAACACAGAGAAAUCCUAAAAGAGAUCUGGGCAUUAAGACAGUGGCUUUGCAUAUCUUUCACAAGUCUCCUAGACACUCCCCACGGGAAACUCGAGGAGGUGGCGAAUUUUUAAUCAGCAAUAUUGCCUGUGCUUCUCUUCUUUAUUGCACUAGGAAUUCUUUGCAUUCCUUACUUGCACUGUUACUCUUAAUUUUAAAGACCCAACUUGCCAAAAUGUUGGCUGCGUACUCCACUGGUCUGUCUUUGAAUAAUAGGAAUUCAAUUUGGCAAAACAAAAUGUAAUGUCAGACUUUGCUGCAUUUUACACAUGUGCUGAUGUUUACAAUGAUGCCGAACAUUAGGAAUUGUUUAUACACAACUUUGCAAAUUAUUUAUUACUUGUGCACUUAGCAGUUUUUACAAAACCGCUUUGUGCAUAUGUUAAAGCUUAUUUUUAUGUGGUCUUAUGAUUUUAUUACCGAAAUGUUUUUAACACUAUACUCUGAAAUGGACAUUUUCUUUUAUUAUCAGUUAAAUUCACAUUUUAAGUGCUUCACAUUUGUAUGUGUGUAGACUGUAACUUUUUUUCAGUUCAUAUGCAGAACGUAUUUAGCCAUUACCCAUGUGACACCACCGAAUAUAUUACUGAUUUAGAAGCAAAGAUUUCAGUAGAAUUUUAGUCCUGAACGCUGUGGGGAAAAUGCAUUUUCUUCAGAAUUAUCCAUUAUGUGCAUUUAAACUCUGCCAGAAAAAAAUAACUAUUUUGUUUUAAUCUACUUUUUGUAUUUAGUAGUUAUUUGUAUAAAUUAAAUAAACUGUUUUCAAGUC